AGUUUUAAUUUUUCGGGCAAGUGAAAAUGGUAAAGUGGAAAAUAAGUAGUGGAUUAAUUGUGCUAGUGGCUUUAGUGAUAACAGUGAUAAGUGCUUUGCCUCAUAAAUCCUCAUUUGAUAGUGAUAAUGAAGAAUUGGAUGAUAUUAAGUCAUUUGCUGAUGAUGGACGCUUACCAAAAGAUGUGGUUCCAGUUCAUUAUGAUUUGAGGCUAACUACAAAUGUCCAUAAUAAUGGUGAUCGUGCUUUUGUUGGAUUUGUGAAAAUUUCAGUUCAAGUUUUAGCUGAUACGAAUUUAAUUAAGUUACAUAAUCGAGGAUUGAUCAUUACUUACAUGAGAUUGACAUCAAUGAAUGGUGCAUUUGUUUAUGAUGCUGAUUUUAGUCAUGACACAAGCAAUCAGUUCCUUAUCAUUACUCUUGUCAAUUCUGACAUCUUUCUCCUAGCUGGAAAUGAAUAUAACAUUGAAAUUGCUUUUAGUGGAAAUUUAAGGACAGACAUGGGUGGAUUUUAUCGAUCUUUGUACUACGUUAAAGGCGAGACAUUGCCUAGAUACCUAGCUGCUACUCAAUUCCAGUCAACAUCAGCUCGCAGUGCUUUCCCAAAUUUUGAUGAACCAGCUUUAAAAGCUACAUUCUCGUUAGCAAUCACACAUGCAUCUCAUUAUGAAGCUAUUUCAAACAUGAAUGGAGUUCGGACCAAAAAUCUCGAUGGAACAACAACAACUUCGUUUGAUGAAACUCCAAUCAUGUCUUCCUAUUUAUUAGCUUUUGUAGUUUCUGAUUUCGCAUAUCGUAGCAUGUACAAUGGACCCGACAAGACAGAACAUCGAGUUUAUGCUCGUGAAGAAGAUGUUGAGAAUGUUAAGAUGUCACUUGUGAAUUCUGAUAUAUUUUUGAGGAAGUUGGAGGAAUAUUGCAAUUAUGUCUAUGAGAUUCCAAAGAUGUAUUCUGCAGCUAUUCCUGAUUUUGCUGCUGGAGCUAUGGAAAAUUGGGGACUUAUCUUAUACAAAGAACAAUACCUUAUUGUCAAUGAAGAAUCACAUCCACGUGAAAUUUUCAACAUGUGGACCGUUACUGCUCACGAAUUAGCUCAUCAAUUCUUCGGCAACUUAGUAACUUAUGAUUGGUGGGAUAAGAUCUGGCUCAAUGAAGGCUUUGCUUCCUUCUUUGAAUAUGUCCUGGUUGAAUUAGCCUAUCCAGAUGAAGGUUUCCGAGGGCAUUUUAAUACAAGAGCGACCCAAAAUGCAUUUAGACGUGAUUCCUUACAUUCGACACAACCAAUGACAACGGAACUUCCAAAACCAACAGAAAUUAACUACGACAAAGGAGGUGCCGUGAUUCGAAUGUUUCAAUACACAAUGGGCGAUGAACUCUUCCAAAGUGCUCUUCACAAAUAUUUGACUGAUAACAAUCACAAACCUGUUGCAACUGAAGAUUUAUUAAAAGUAUUUGAAGAAAUAGCUGGUGACAUUCGAGAACUCAACAUUUCAAGAGCGUUUAGAACAUGGGAAUUGCAAAAAGGAUAUCCAAUGAUCACUGCAUUCUUCAACUCAGCCGCAAAUCAAUUUGAAGUCACACAGGAACAUUAUUUGUCGAUUUCAGAACAGAAAUUAUCAGAAGAUAAUAGUAGCUGGUACAUUCCGUUGAGCUACACAACUGGAGCUAACCCAAAUUUUGUAUCAACACUCUUUACUGAUUAUUUUGUUGAUGGCACGUCUCAAAAGAAUAUUUCAACAGCUGGAAUUUCCGGAUUUGAUGGAAGUCAAUGGUUCAUCUUCAAUAUCCAGCAACUAGGCUAUUAUCGGGUCAAUUAUGACGAAAAUAAUUGGAGAAAGAUCAUUAACAUCCUCAAUAGUGACAAUUAUGAACAAAUUCACGUCCUCAAUCGUGCACAACUUGUCGAUGAUGCCUUAACAUUCGCAUUUGAUGGUGUGAUUUCCUAUGACAUUGCAUUCAGUGUAAUCAGCUAUUUAGAACGGGAAAAAAACUACCUUCCUUGGUAUCCAGUCUCAAUUCACUUUGAUAAACUCAACUUUGUAUUGAAAGGAACUCCACUGCACCAUUCAUUCAUGAGAUUUACUAGAAAGCUUCUUAGAAAGCUUUAUGUAACUAGAGGACUUGAAAAUGUUCAGUCAGACACAGUUUUGGAUAAGUUUGGAAGAGAACUUGCGAUCGAUUGGACAUGCAAAAUGGGAGAUCAAAACUGCUUGAACUACGCACACUCACAAUUGACAAAAGAAAAUCCAAAACCUGUUGAACUUGCACUCCUUUGCAAUGGACUUAAGGGUCUUAUGAGACAAACUGAAUUCGUCAACAUUUACAGAAAGUUCCAAACUUCAAGUGAUCAAAAUGACCGUUUACGGUACAUUGAUGCUUUGUUGUGCACAUCAGAUCCACAAACGUUAAGUGAUUUACUCGAAACAACAAUUGGAUCUGGAUCUGAAUCAUUCUACAGAUCUCAUGAACGUUCGAGAAUUUACAGCCUUUUGGUGUCAAGAAGUUCAGUUGGACUGGAAGUUUUGCUCAACUUUAUUCUUCGCUUCUAUGACGACAUCCUUUACGUAAACGGAAAUGUGUUUGACAGUUGGCUAACAACAGCAUCGCGUCGCAUUUCUGACUAUGAAGAUGAAAAACUCAUUUUCCAAGCAAUUGACCAACUUGAAGCUGCAGGCAGAACUUUUGGUGCAAACCUUCGAAUGAAUAUUGCCAAUAAUAUUCAAUUGAACCAUGACUUUAUAUUUAGCAACCGAUACAGCGAUAGCUUAUUGUUCAUCAACAAUUAUUUCAAAGCUAUUGAUGACGAAGAACAGCAACUGAGAUUGCCACAAACAUCAGAACCACAAAUGUACAGAAUCAAGUUGAAUGUUCCACAAAUCCAAAAUGGAGGUUUACAAUUCACUGGCGAUGUCUCAAUUGACAUCAUGAUCAAGCAAAAUACUGACAAAAUCAUGUUCCAUUCCAAGCAACAAACAAUCAAUGAACUUAGAGUUUUCGAUAUAUUUGGAAACGAAGUGCAAGUUCUUGAUUAUAGUCUUCAAACUGCUGGAGAUUCAUUGACAAUUUAUUUCAUGGAUAUUUUGAGCGCUGGAAGUAAAAUCACAGUUAACAUCAAGUAUUCUGCAAAUCUAUUGACAUCAAGUACUGGAUUUUACCGCACAUCUUAUGUAGAAAAUGGACAAACAAGAUAUUUGGCAGCAACCCAGUUCCAACCUUCAUCAGCUCGUUAUGCUUUUCCUUGCUAUGAUGAGCCUGGCUUCAAAACUCCAUUUGAAUUGAGUAUCACACAUGACAAGUCAUAUUCAGCUAUCGCAAAUACAUUCGGAAUUGACUUUGACAAUGGUGAUGGAACAGUUACAACAGAAUUCGAGAGAACUCCAGUAAUGAGCUCAUAUCUAGUUGCAUUUGUCGUGUCAGACUUUGCAUACAUUACAAAUGAAGAAAGUCGAGGAACGCGAGAGACUCUGCAUAGAGUUUGGACAAAAUCUGAUUCGAUUUCAAAAGCCAAUUUUGCCUUAGAUACUUCCGUAAAAACUCUUAAAGCAUUGGAGGACUAUUGCGGUUUUGACUAUGUCCUUCCAAAAGUUGACUCUGCUGCAAUCCCUGAAAGAAACUCAGCUAUGGAAAAUUGGGGUAUGGUUACUUAUUGGGAGACAGCCAUGAUUUAUCAAGAGGACUAUCGCAACAUUUCACACACAUCAAAGUAUAGUGGCGUGACUAUCAUCGCUCAUGAGUUGAGUCAUCAGUUCUUUGGCAAUGUAGUUACUUGCAAAUGGUGGGAUCAGAUCUGGUUGAAUGAAGGAUUUGCUACACUUUUCGAACGUCUGCUUGUCGACAAUAUAGAUCCAUCAUUUAGAGCUCAUCACUUUAUGAAUGCAUUCUCUAUCCAUAAUCGUGCAUUCAUCAAUGAUGCAAGAGAAACCACAAGACCAAUGACUUGGGAUGUGAACACACUUACGGAAAUUGAUAAUUCAUUUGAUAGAAUUGCUUAUGAAAAGUCUGGUGCUGUAUUGAGAAUGUUCUUGUAUACAAUUGGAGAAAAUAAUUUCAAAAAAUCACUUCAAAAAUACCUAAGAACUUACAACAACAAGCCAGUCAUCUCACAAAACUUGAUUGACACAAUUGUCCUUACAUUGAAUGAAAACAACGCAUACAAAAUUGACAUUGACAGAGCCUUCAGAACAUGGGAAAAUCAAAGAGGAUAUCCAUUACUCAAUGUUAAAUAUGAUCCAUCAUCCAGAGUAUUCCGUCUUACUCAAGAGAGAUUCUUUGAGACAAAGAAAGUCAAUUCCGAUGAUCAAAGCAGCUGGUACAUUCCACUCAAUUUCGCAACAUCUUUGAGUCCAACCUUUGAUACCACAAUCAAUUACUACUUCGAAAAUGGAGUUCAAGAGCUUACAAUUCCAAUCAACAACUUCGAUUUGAGCUACUGGUAUGUCUUCAAUAAGCAACAACUUGGAUACUAUCGAGUAAACUAUGAUGAUGCAAACUGGAAGUCAUUGAGCUUUGCCUUGAACAGUGCUGAAUAUUCUAAGAUCCACAUCAUGAAUCGUGUCCAAUUAAUUGACGACUCAUUUGCUCUAGCUCAAGGAGGUUAUAUUGACUUCACUCUUGCUUAUGACAUUCUAAAAUAUCUUGAUCGAGAAGAUGACUUCUUCCCAUGGUAUACAUGUUAUCGAUAUCUUAAUACUUUGUUCACUGUUUAUGGAAAUAAGAACGAGAAGUUGAAUAAAUUCUUCAACAAGCUAUCAGACAAGUUCUACAACAAAUACAAGCUAACAACACUCGGAACAAUCCCAGAUGAAACCGUCCCAGAAAGAUAUGGACGUGAUUAUGCCAUAAACUUUGCUUGUAACAACAGAAAUGAACAAUGUCUUAAUGACUCUUAUGCUGUACUUUCAAGAUUUGCUGACGAAGGUGUCCUUGUUCCAAAUGGAUUGGAAAGAAUCUAUUGUGCAGGUUUAAGAGGAGUUGACAAACAAGAUUUGUUCACAAAAAUAUGGAAUAUAAUGUCAAACACAGCUGACACAGCAUUCAAAUCAACACUGAUCAAUGCAUUAGGAUGUUCUGAUGAUCCAAUAGCGCUCAAAGCUUAUCUAGACUCUUCAAUUGGCGAUGGAAAUAAUGUAAACUAUACAACUACUCAGAGAUUGUCAGUGUUCAACUCCGUUCUAUUAGGUAAUUCAGGACUUCCUGUAGUCAUAGAAUUUUUGAAACGAGAACAAAAUGCAGUAGUUUCCAGUUAUCGUACACCACUGAUGUCACUUCUUACAAACGUAGCAAAUUCAAUUAAAAACGAAGAAGAUCAAAAGAUGUUCCUCUCAUUCUUGUUGACUCGACCAGAUCUUAAAGGAGACAAUAUUCUGUCUCUUUCAAGACUUACUUCAAAUAACUUGGAUAGACAAAAAUCAGCACAAUAUAUGCAACACAUGAAUCAAAUUGAAAGAAUUUUGAAUGAGUGGGAUCAUGGAAUAUCAGAUGAAGGGCAAGUCUGGAGAAUCCCUAAAACAAUAAGUAAGCCAUAUUAUUACAGAGUUCAUCUUGAUGUUAGAAAUAUUCACACUGGAGAUCGUGCCUACUCUGGCGAUACCACAAUGCAUGUUGAUAUCCUAAAGAAAACUGAUCGCAUCAUAUUCCAUUCUAAAAAUCAAGUCUUUAGCUCAAUUACUGCUAUGAAUUUAGGAACAAACAGUGAAAUCGAAAUUACAAGCUAUAGACUUACUCCUGCUUAUGAAACUAUCAUAGUCUAUUUUGCUAAGGAACUUCCGGCUGGCUCCAAAAUCUCUCUUAAUUUCAAAUACUCAACCAGUCUAGUCACAAUAACUACAGGCUUCUAUCAAACAUCAUACAGCAUGUAUGGAACAACUAGAUACCUAGGAGCAACACAAUUUGAGGAAACUGGUGCAAGAUAUGCAUUCCCAUGCUACGAUGAACCAUCAUUUAAAGCAAUCUUUGAGCUGUCGUUCACUCAUGACUUCUCAGUUACUGUAUUCUCAAAUACAUUAGGAACUGCUGUUUCAAACAACGACGGAACAGGAACAUUCACAACAUCUUUUGAACCAUCACCAAUCAUGAGUUCAUAUCUCAAUGCAUUCGUAGUGUCAGAUUUACAAUACAUUGAUAAUUCAGCAACUAAGGCGGAUAAUGAAACUCUUCACAGAAUUAUUGUGCGCGAAGAUUCACUUAAUAAGGCUUCUUAUGCUCUGGAAAAUUCAGUUGCAGCUCUCAAAGCAUUAGAAGAAUAUGUUGGAUAUAAAUAUGAAAUGGCGAAAGUAGAUUCAGCUGGAAUGCCAGGAAAGAACAAUGCUAUGGAGAACUGGGGAAUGAUUAUGUACAGAGAGAGUUACAUGAUCUAUGACGAAGAUAUCGAAAACACACCUCAUACCCAGAAAUUCAGUGGUGCUAGAGUCAUCUCUCAUGAAAUAGCACAUCAAUUCUUCGGAAAUGCCGCGACAUGUGCAUGGUGGAGCUACUUAUGGCUCAAUGAAGGUUUUGCUCAGUACUUACAAUAUAGAUUGACUGAUAUGUUCUUGCCGGAAUGGAGAAUGCUUGACUUCAUGAAUGUUCUUGCUAUGCAGGCAACUGCAUUUAGAGUUGAUGCUCGAACUACAGCACGAGCAAUGACAAAAGAUGCUAACUCAAUUACUGAAAUUGCGAAUUUGUUUGACAGCAUUGCUUAUGACAAAGCUGCAAGUGUUCUUCGUAUGUUCGAUUAUGCAAUGGGAUCAGACCUGUUUAGGGAAGCAUUGAAUCAUUAUAUUACUACCAAUGAUCACAAACCAGUUGAAUCACAAAACUUGAUUGAUGCAUUCAAAGCAACAUUCCAAAAGAAUAACUACAAUGCCUUCGAUUUUGAGAGAGCAUUUAGAACUUGGGAGACGCAAUCUGGUUUCCCAUUGAUUCAUGUUCGAUAUGACUUGGAAACACUUUCAUUCAGGCUCAGACAAGAAAGAUUCUUUGAACAGAAAAUCUUAAACAACAAUGAUCAAUCUAGCUGGUACAUUCCAGUCAAUUAUGCAACUCAAAAUAACCCCAACUUUGGUAGCACUUUAGCUACUGACUACUUCUUGAAUGGAGAAGCAGAAAAGUCAAUUGAUGCAGUUCCUGGCGAGUGGUAUGUCUUCAACAAUCAACAACGAGGAUAUUAUCGAGUUAAUUAUGAUGAAUCAAAUUGGGUGGCAUUAAGCAACGUUCUCAGCAGUGAUGAUUAUGAUAGGAUCCAUGUCAUGAACAGAGCUCAACUCAUUGAAGAUUCCUUCAUACUUGUUCAAGCUGGAUAUCUUAAUGAUUAUCAAACAGCUUAUGAUAUCUUAAAAUAUUUGGUCAAUGAAGAUGACUUCUUUCCAUGGUAUCCAGCUAAUCGCUUCAUUAGUCCACUUUAUGCUGUCUAUGGAUCUAAGAAUGAAGCAUUAAACUCAUUCGUCAAAAAACUUUCUGAGAAGUUCUAUGCUAAAUACAAACUUCCAGCUGACAAUACUAUUCCAAAAGAUUCUAUGCCUGAACGCUAUGGACGGGACUUAGCAACAAAUCUUGCAUGUAACUCCGGUAAUGAACAAUGUUUGAAGGACAUGAACUUACUCGUCCGUCAAUAUGCCAAUGAUGACAUAAGAAUACCCAAUGGAUUAGAAAGCAUGUACUGUCAUGGUUUCAGAGGAACUGGCAAGCAAGAUGAAUUUGUAAAGGUUUGGAGAAAGAUGCAAAUCACAGCUGAUACAACAUUCAAGACAACUUUGAUCAAUGGUUUGGGAUGUACAGAUGAUAAGGAUGCUCUUACUGACUAUUUGGAAUCAACACUUGGAUCUGGAGCUAGUCAAGUCAAUUACACACAAACAGAACGUCGUGCUGUAUUCACUGCAGUAUUAAAGAGUUACUCAUCAUUGCCAGUUGUUGUUGAAUUCUUAAAUAAAUUUGAACUUGACAUUAUUUCACGAUAUGGAUGGACUCUACAGACAAUUCUCAGCAAUGUUGCUACUACAAUCAGAACUAAGGAUGAUCAAAUAAUCUUCACUGACUACUUGUUGACAUUACAACAUUUGAGUAUAGAUGUCUUAGCUUCACUUUUGAAGACCAUGUCCAACAAUAUGAAUCAACAGACAGCAUUCACAAAUGCAAGACAAAUGGAAAUCAUCAAAACCAUAGCUAAUGAAUGGGAAUUCGGCAUCAUUGAUGGACAUCAGUUGAGAUUACCAGAAACAUCAAUGCCAGAAUAUUACAAGAUUCAUCUUGAUGUAAGAAACAUACAUUCAGGAGAUCGUGCAUACACAGGAGAAGUAAGAAUCGAUAUUGUCAUGCUUGAAAUGACAAAUCGCAUCAUCUUCCACUCAAAGAAUCAAGUCAUCAAUGAGAUCACAGCUUAUGAACGAACAUCAGGAAGAGAAAUCAAUAUUUCUGGGUAUCGUCUCUUCCCAUCAGCAGACAUUAUCAUUAUUUAUUUUGAAAAUGCUCUGAAUUCAGGUGCUAAAAUUGCUGUCAACAUCAAAUAUUCAACGAGCUUGUCUAUCGCUACUUCAGCUCACUUAUUCGGAUUCUUCCAAACUUCCUACAGUAUGAAUGGAACAACAAAAUACGUUGCAGCUACACAAUUCCAGCCAACGCACGCUAGAUUGGCAUUCCCAUGUUAUGAUGAGCCAGAAUUUAAGGCUGUAUUUGAGCUUUCAUUCUCACAUCACUUCUCAGUCAAUGUCUUUUCUAAUACUAUGGAACAUGUUCAUUCUGAUACUGACGGUUCUGGAAUAUUCACAACACACUUUAAACCAUCACCAAUCAUGAGUUCAUACUUGAACGCAUUUAUCAUCUCUGACUUCACUUACAUAAGCAAUGCAGACACAAAAUUACCAAAUGAAACUCUUCAAAGAGUCAUAGUCCGUGAAGAUUCUAAAGAGAAGGCUAAAUUGGCAUUGGAAAGCUCAGUUGCUGCUCUAAAAGCUCUUGAGAACUAUGUUGGAUUUAAGUAUGAAAUGGAAAAGCUUGAUUCAGUUAUGGUUCCUGGAUGGGAUGGAGCAAUGGAGAAUUGGGGAUUAAUAACUUAUGAUCCGAAUAUAUUACUAUUUGGUGCUAUGUCAACUGAAAGUUCACAUACAGAGUUGUUUCAAGGUGUCGUAGUGAUUUCUCAUGAAAUAGCACAUCAAUUCUUUGGAAAUGCUGUCACAUGUCAUUGGUGGAGUUACAUCUGGAUGAAUGAAGGAUUCGCACGAUUCUUACAAUACAAACUGACAGACAUAUAUCGUCCAGAAUGGCGUAUGCAAGAUUUCAUGAAUAUCCAAACUGUUCAAGGAACUGCUUUUAUUUCUGAUGCUCGUAAUACAACAAGAGCUAUGACAUCUAGUGCCACAACACCUUUUGAAAUUGGAAGCUUAUUUGACUCGAUUGCUUAUGAUAAGUCCGGAAGUGUUCUUCGUAUGUUCGAAUAUGCGAUCGGAGAGCAAUUAUUCAGACAGUCAUUGAACUUAUAUGUCACCGUCAACAACCACAAAGCUCCAGUCUCACAAGCACUUAUGGAUGCAUUUACAGAAACCCUUUCCAGAGCUGGAUACAACAAGUUAGACUUCGAUCGAGCAUUCAGAACAUGGGAAAGAACAAAAGGAUAUCCAGUCAUUAAUGUCAGUUACGAAUCAGAUAUUCAAUCAUUCAGAAUAAAACAAGAACGAUUCUUCAGCAACAAAGCACAAAGAGUUAAUGAUGGAAGUAGCUGGUAUAUUCCAUUGACUUAUACAACAUCCAAAAAUCCAAACUUUGAUGACACAUCAGUAACUGACUAUUUCAUUGAUGGAGAAGAAAUGUGGAAUAUUUUAGCUCCACAACAUGAUUCACAGAGCUGGUAUGUCUUCAAUAAACAACAACGAGGAUAUUAUCGUGUCAAUUAUGAUGCAAACAACUGGAAAUUAUUGAGUAAUGCACUCAGCAGUGCUGAUUAUAAUAAGAUUCAUGUCAUGAACAGAGCUCAACUUAUUGACGAUUCAUUUGCACUUGUCUCUGCUGAAUAUUUGACUGACUAUGAAACUGCUUAUGAUAUUUUAAAAUAUUUGGUUAAUGAGGAUGACUUCUUCCCAUGGUACACGGCCAAUAGAUAUAUCAAUCCACUCUAUAGUGUCUUUGGAAACAAGAAUGCAGUCUUGAAUAACUUCGUCAAGAAACUUUCAGCUAAGUUCUAUGGCAAAUAUAAACUUCCAGCAAAUCAAAUCAUUCCUGACGACAUCAUACCUGAACGCUAUGGACGAUCAUACGCAAUGAACCUCGCUUGUGUCGCUGGAAAUGAGCAGUGCUUAAAAGACACUCUAAGACUUGUCAACAACUAUGCAAAUUUCAGUCAACCAAUUCCUAAAGGAUUAGAAAGCAUCCUUUGUCACGGUAUGAGAGGAACCGGAAAACUAGAUUCGUUUGUAGCUUUAUGGAGAGUUUCACAAGUCACAGCUAACACUCAGUGGAAAAUUACAAUUUUGAAUGCUUUAGGAUGUACAGACGAUGAAGUAGCAUUGCAUGACUUAUUAGAAUCAACAUUAGGAUCUGGAAGUGGAAAUGUCAACUACACUCUCAGUACUCGUCAAGCAGUCUUUACUGGAUCACUUCAAAGCACUGUUGUAGUUCCAGUUUUUGUUAAAUUUAUGAACAAGUAUUCAGCUAUGGCAGUUCCAUACUUCAGACAAACAAUGACAGAACUUAUCACUAGAGUAGCAAAUACAGUCAGAACAAGAGAAGAUCAACUGCUGUUACUUGAUUAUCUAGCAACAGUUGAAGGUUUAUCUGGAAAUGAUAUUAAAGCUAUUUCGUCAAUAAUGUCGAAUGCAUUAAGUCAACAACAACAAGCUCAAUAUGCUCGUCAAAUUGAAUUAAUGGGUCAGAUAUAUCCAUUUGAAUUGUAGUAAUUUUAAGCCAUAGUUUAAAAAUUGUAAAGACUCAUUAAGAAUGUUCUCGCUUGUUCGUUAUCAAUCAUAUUCUAUUGUAUCUCUCAAGUACCUUUAGUAUCCGUUUGUUAUCAAUUCAAUUAAAUUGCAAUUGCACUCCAAAUAUUAAUUAAUUUUCGAUUAAACGCAAUGUUCAGUAUUAAUUUGAGCAUGACCAGCUCAACAAUAAAGUUUCGAGUAUCUAUUAUAAAAAUUCUCACAAAUAAAUCACUUUUAAUGUCAUAAACCUUCAGUAAUUCAAUUAUUAUUGCAGACAGUAAUUCGCUAAGCUUGAUCGAUGAUUGU